AUGGCCAUCUUCGCAUCUUGUGCUAAAAGGGAAGAGUUUUCUACAUCAAAUGGGCUCACCGAUCGUCCCCCAAUUGCCAAAUCGAUGGCCUUUGGAAUACUAAUAAAUUUCACAUCAAGAGUUGCGAUGCUAGCAGUCACCGUACCCGUGGACUUCUCCUUUACGGAGUAUCAUUUGUGCCAAUCCGAGGGAAUCAUUGGGAUGUGCACAUGCACAUUAAAUGGUGUCAUAGCAUUUCAGUGCAAUCAGCAGAGUGAUCAAGAGCACAUUUACAGACCGCAAAAAGUGUUUUGUGCUCAUAACUCUUAG